AUGAAUCCCAAAAGCUUUAAUUUAUUCUUACUCUUUCUUUCAUGCUUGUUGGCAUUUACAAUUUUCGUAAAUGCUGGAAAUGUCAAACCUUGUGAAAAUUGCUGCAAACCUGGCGGUCCGGGAAGGACAAACCAAAUUCAUCGUGCUAGUCCUAAACGCAAUAUUUCAGACAAUAUCUCUAGUGCGGAAGAAUGUUGCAAUAAAUGCCUUAGUGAAGACGAUUGUAUUCAAUGGGCUUAUGGAACUACAGAUAAACUUGGUCUUAAUACUCUUAAUACUGGUACUAGUACUCAGAAAAUGGCAUGUCUUACUUACCAACAGAAUCCACAAGCACCUGAAAAUGCACUUGAAGUUUGUAAAUUUCCAUCAGGGUCAGAUGGUAAUACUGUUUAUGACAGUGGUAUUAUUCGUUGUCUUGGUGGAUGUUUUGUUUAA